AUGACUAAACAAGAAAAAAGAUCACGUAUAUUAUUAACUGAUUCACAGAUAAAUACGCUUGCUGGUGCAGCUUCUGGUGCAUUCGUUAGUGUACUUGUUAGUCCAUUAGAUGUUGUUAAAACACGUAUUCAAGUAAAACGUUUACCAAAAGGUGCAGCAGAUACACCAUUAUUAACGACAAUAUAUAGAUUAGGUCAACAAGAAGGUUUUCGAGCAUUUUUCAAAGGUCUAGGAACGACAAUGUUGGGAUAUAUACCUAAUUGGGCAAUUUAUUUUGGUACAUAUCAAUGGUCAAAAAAACAAUAUGCUUCUGCAUUAUCACUAAUACAUUCCGAACAUGAUAUGUUAGUUAAUUUACUUGCAUCAGUUACUGCCGGUGCUAUAUCAAAUACAGCGACAGCACCAAUAUGGACUAUUCGUACACGUAUGAUGACUCAAACAAAUCAUGAAGAUUAUAGAAAUACAUUUCAUGCAGCACAAAAAAUUUAUAAAACAGAAGGAAUGUAUGCUUUAUUUCGUGGUGUUAUACCAUCAAUGUGGGGUUUGAUUCAUGUUGGUGUUCAAUUCCCACUGUACGAAUAUCUUAAAAAGAAAUGUGCUGGUACUGAUUCACCUUCGGAUCAUCAUUUAUCGACAGGACAACUUAUGUUUGCAUCGAGUGUUUCAAAAGUCAUUGCUUCUGUAGUUGCAUAUCCACAUGAAAUUGUUCGUAGUCGACUUCAAGAUGCAGGACAUGCUCGACGUAUACAUCAAAAAUCUUCAACUACUACCACUGAGUUUCGUGAAUAUAAAAAUGUACGUGAUGCAGUUAGAACAAUUGCUAAAGAAGAAGGGUUACGAGGAUUUUAUCGUGGUAUUAUACCUGCACUAUUACGAACAGUACCUGCAGCAGUAUUAACUUUAAUAUCGUAUGAAAAAAUGAAAGAUUUUCUUACUGAUAAUUAUGGUCCUGAUUCGACACAACAAUAA